CCGUCGUGCCCUCACCACCAAUCCUGUGGGCUCGUGUCGCACGUUUCUCCGCCGCUGCUUUCCUCUCCAGCCGCAGGCUUCUCCCUUUGACCCUCCCACAUAUCUCCACCCUCAAACCCCCGGUCCCCCCUGUGUCUCCAACCAACCGCGACAUGUCUCUUAUUGACACCAUCGCUGAGCUCGGUAGCGAGGAAGAUGACGAGGACUAUGAUGAGGAGACCGGCGAAACCCGCCACAAGAACACAAAUGGCAUGAACGGCCUCGACGACUCCAGCGAAGAGGACGAGGAGGACGAUGAAGAUGCGCUGAAGGCUGUGCGCGAAGGCUUUAUCAUCGACGAAGACGAAGACGAAGGAGGGGAGGAAGAGGAGGACCGGGUUUCGCGCAAGAAGAAGAAGAAGCGGAAGAAUCGGGAUCGCUCUGAUGAAGCGCUCGAUGAAGAGGAUUUGGACUUGAUUGGAGUCGACUAUGAACCGCGAGAGUCAACUCAGUCCAAGUACAAGCGUCUGAAGCGCGGCCACAAAGAACGACCCCCUCGAGCCCGCGGCAUUGACGAUAUUUUUUCUGAUGACGACGAAGCUGCUGAAGACGUCGAUGACGGCCGGCGCGGGGGUCGGGGUUUCGAUGAGUUCGCCGACUUCAUCGAAGAGGACCAGUUUGAAGAUGAUAUCGAGGAUGAUCGUGAGAUCGCACAGCCCGGGGUCGGUCUCAUCACCCAGAACUUACAAGCCGCGGGCCUGGAUGAAGGCGCAGAGGAAGACUACAGAGCCGCUUUCGGUGACGGCACAGAUUACGACUGGGCCCUCGAGAUGCAAGAUGCACAGGAAGAGGAAGAGACCGGUGAAGGCCGCGAGCUGCAACUUCAGGACGUCUUUGAGCCCUCGCAGCUUACCGACCGCAUGCUAACGGAUGAGGAUAAUGUCAUCCGCGAAACCGACACUCCAGAGCGCGUGCAAUUAGCGAGAAAACCUUUCAAGGACCUAGAGCUCUCUGCUGAUGAAAUGGAACUUCAUCUGAGUGAAGAAGCCGCAUGGAUCACUCAGCUCCUCUGGCCCAAGAAACCGCUCCCCGGGUACUUCCAAAAGCCAUUCCAAAAGGCCGUUCGAAAGGUGCUCGAGUUCCUGAACAUCGAGGACUACGAAGUCCCUUUCAUCUUCAACCAUCGCAAAGAUUACCUGAUCCAUGCUCCUUCCGAUUCAUACGACGACCCCGACAACGUUACGCAACCGCCUCUUGACGCUCGACCAGAGCGAUUGCUGAACCAGAAUGAUCUCUGGGAAGUUUUCGACCUGGAUCUGAGAUUUCGAGCGCUCACCGAGAAGCGCGAUGCGCUUCAAAAGAACUACGACAACCUCAAGAGCGUCGACAUCAGCAUAAUUGAUAGAGUCAUCGAAGAUCUCGUCCACAGGGCAGUCACAAUCGAGGAGGUCCAAGAACUUCAAGAUUACCUGCACUUCCAAUACUCCUCUGAGAUGAAAGAUCUUCGUCUUAUGGAAUCUGAAAGCAAUGGUAUCCAGAAACGUGCUCAGAACGCGAGAACAUUUUACGAUAGAAUACGGGCUAGCAGUGCCUACAGCUUGGUGCAAGCAAUUGGUAUCAGACCGGAUGACUUUGCCAAAAAGGCUGAAGGUUCCAUUGGACCUGGAUUCCUCGAUGACCCGGACAAGAAACCCGAUGAGCUCGCGGAAGACCUUAUUGAUCCUCCUGAAUAUUCAACCGGGACACAAGUACUGAGGGCGGCGAAGGCCAUGUACGUCCAGGAGCUAGUCAUGAGCCCUCGGUUUAGAAGAGUCCUCAGGGGCCAUUUCUACCAGACGGCGUCAAUCGACUGUAUCCGAACGGACAAAGGCCUUCGUAAAAUUACGGAUGAUCACCCUUAUUACGAAUUCAAGUACCUUCGUCGGCAGACGUUUCUCGACCUUAGCGGCCGUCCAGACCUUUUCCUGAAAAUGCUGAAAGCUGAAGAAGAGGGGUUAAUCAACGUCAAGAUAUCGAUGGGCGAUUCAGAAGAUUUCAGGAAGAAGCUCCAGGGGCAUAUUGUUUCCGACAACGUGAGCGAAUCUGCCGAUGCUUGGAAUGCUCUCCGCCAGGAAGUUCUUGACGCCGCCUUGGCGAAACUGGAGUUGAUCAUUGCCACUGGCGUCAAGGAAAACUUGAGAGCAGAAUGCGAAAAGGAGCUCGCCAGUCGUGCGCGCGAGAACUACUACAACAAGCUUGACCAAGCUCCGUAUAAGCCAAAGGGCGCAGAUGUUGGAUCCACUCCCAAUGUCAUCACGCUGUCGAAUGGUAAAGGGGGUCGAGGUGAUGCCAUCGUCUGGGCCUACGUCGAGAACGACGGUCGAGUGCUGGAGAAUGGCAAGCUCGUCGAGUUCCGACUUGGCAACCGCGAGAGGGACAUUCCUGACGGCAAAGACGUUGAGGCGUUUGUGAGUGUUUGCCGCCGCCGUAAACCGGAUGUGAUCGGUAUCAGCGGAUUCUCCGUGGAGACGCGAAAGCUGUACAAGGAUGUCCAAGAAAUCAUUAGCUCGUACCAUCUGUCAGGACCCCUCUACGAGGAUCCAGAUGAUGGCAUCGAGAAGAAUGAUCCACUCGAGGUCAUUAUGGUUAACGAUGAAGUCGCGCGUCUUUACUAUACCAGCCUUCGCGCAGCAGCCGAAUACCCCAAACUUCCCGUUCUUACUCGAUACUGCGUCGCAUUGGCCAGAUACCUACAAAAUCCUCUUGCGGAGUACGUCUCUCUGGGCAAGGAUAUUGUGUCGAUCCCGUUCGUCCAGAAUCAGAUUCUCAUCCCACAGGACAAGCUCUUGGAGCGUCUGGAGACUGCAAUGGUAGAUAUGGUCAACCUGGUUGGCAUCAACCUUCCAGAAGCCUACGACGAUCCGUAUCUAUCGAAACUCUUGCCGUACAUUUGCGGUCUUGGACCUCGAAAAGCUGAUAAGCUUGUUAAAGCCAUUCAAGCGAACGGUGACGAAAUCUUGUCGCGCUUCGACUUGAUUGGUAUUUCGGAACAGGAUAAUCGCGAACUAAAAGCAGCAAUGGGUCCCAAGGUUUUCCAGAACUGUGCAAGUUUUCUCUAUCUCAACUUUGACUCCAGCGAAGAAGCAUCAGACUACUUGGACAAUACCCGAGUGCAUCCAGAAGAUUACGAUCUUGCUCGGAAAAUGGUCGCUGAUGCUAUGGAGAUGGACGAGGAAGAUAUUAAGCAAGAAGUUGACGAAGGCGGUCCAAGCGCUGUGAUCCGCAGGAUGGUUCGAGAAGACGCUACCGACAAGAUCCAGGAUCUGAUUCUGGAAGACUAUGCCUCUGAGAUUGAGAAGAAGCUUGGUAACCGCAAGCGAGCCACCCUGGAAACUAUUCGUGCAGAAUUGGCGGAACCGUUCGAGGAGAUUCGACAGAUGUUCUCACUGAUGUCGUCAGAUGAAAUCUUCACUAUGUUGACGGGUGAAACCAAGGAGUCCCUGACUGAGGGAAUGGUCAUACCAGUCACAAUCAAGCGGACUUUCCCCGACCAUAUCGAAGUCAGGCUUGAGUGUGGUAUCGAGGGGGGUGUUUCCGAGUCUGAGUUUCCAGAAGGUGUGGGUAGUAAUGGCAUGGAGCCUCGCCAUGUUUAUCAACCUCAUCAAGUCGUUCGGUCUAGAGUCAUGUACCUCAACCGCAAAGCUCUGACAGCUCAGCUCUCUUUCCGCGAGGAUCUGAUUCGCCAGCCCGCUCGAAAAGAGUUCGACCGUAUACCUGGCGAGUGGGAUGAGAAGCAGGAAGCCGAAGACAAGAAGGCAGCAGAGAGGGAGAAGGAGGUUGCAUCUGGCCGGCCUCACCGUGUUGUCAAUCAUCCCUUGUUCUUCUCCUUUAACUCUGCCCAAGCUGAGGAGUAUCUUGGCACGAAAGACCCUGGUGAGGUUGUUAUUCGACCGUCUUCCAAGGGCCUCGAUCAUCUUGCUGUAACUUGGAAGGUCGCCGACAAUUCAUAUCAGCACAUCGAUGUCUUGGAACUGGGCAAAGCAAACGAAUAUUCGCUCGGCAAGCAACUCCGUGUCGGAAAGCACACGUACUCUGAUCUCGACGAACUCAUCGUCAACCAUGUCGAAGCCAUGGCCAAGAAAAUCGCUGAGAUGAUGCGAGAUGAGCGGUUCCAGAAAGGCAGCAAAGAGACAACUGAACAAUGGCUUAAAACCUACACCGAAGCGAAUCCUAAACGCUUUAUGUACGCCUUCUGCGUCAUGCCCAAAUACCCCGGCUACUUCUGGCUCUGCUACCGCGCAGGCUUUGCAGCGAAACCGGGAGCUUGGCCAGUCAAAGUCAUACCCAACGCUUUCGAGCUCCAGGGCCAUCAGUAUCCGGAUAUGACGGCGUUGAAAAAUGGGUUCAAACUGCUUUUUGGUUCGAAGAAUCCGAUGGGAGCUGCGAGGCCGCCGGCCAGGCGGUAAGUGUAGAUGAUGUGAAUGGUUAGUGUGAGGAAGGAAUAUGGUGAGUGGAUUGGAGAACGAUUAGUGUGGCAGAUAAUUCCAGAUCCAGAGAUAUCUGUCUUUGUAUUGGUAAUGGUUUAAUUUCCGGGGUUGAUUGAUUGAAUGGGUGGCUGGCUUAUUUCACAUAGCUAUGAAAACGGAUUGGGAUUCCUGCGCCUUUUAGGAAAAAAAAGGAUUGGUAGCGACCUUAGGUUUUGCUAGAUUGGAAUAGAUCAUUGAUCAGUGGCUGU